AUGAAGCUCUCAAAAUUCCCACUAAUGUCUCUUCGAUGUAUCAAUUUCAGCGGCCCUCUGAUAUCAACUGAUCAGGAUGGAUUCAAUCUGGAAUUAGGUUCAACGAAAUCAAUAAACGCAACUGCAUUAUGGGCAAUUACAUAUGCAGAUCCAUUAUGGAUACUAACUAAUCAAAGUUCUCUGAUGUGCCUCGCGUUUAAUGUGAAGGACAAAUGUAUUUGCAUCAAAUCCAACAUUGGUGAAAUAUCGGUUCACCAAUCAUUGAAAGUGAAAAUUGAUGAUCAAUAUUUGCAGCUCCGACUAUCACCAAACGUUACGGCAGAUCAUAAGUUGACACUUGAAUUAUUUCCCAGCAACGAAUACACAAAUGAAAUUUUCCCAGUAUUUAUUGCCUUUGAGGGUUACCAUAAAAUACUACGUUCUAUUGAAUCUGAUUUCAUCUUUAAUGAUCAGAUGAUGAACUCUAAAAUACUGACUCUUAACGAUAUAAAAGAUAAAUCUUAUGAUUACGUUGUCAUCGGUUCUUCAUUUUGUUCCUUGGGAUUUAUUCACCAAAUUUGUCAAAGAGAUCCCAACGCUAAAAUCCUCGUAUUGGAAAGAGGAUUACAAUAUCUUUCAGAACAUCAUCAACACGGCUGUUCGUCUCCUCCAAAACAUGUGGAACUCAGAUCUUGGACCGUCGCUACCGCAACCGCCCAAAACGAAUCUAUUAAAAAUGUCUAUGGUCAAAUACCAUUAUUCGGUGGAAGAUCUCUCUAUUGGAGUGGAUGGUGUCCAACACCUUCAACCGAACAGCUGGCCGGGUGGCCGGAGAGCCUCAAAAUUUCAUUACAAGAAAAAUAUUUUGAUCUUGCCAAAGAACUUCUCAAUGUCAUCACAGCAGAUCAAAUACGUGCACGAGAAAAUGAUCAUCUUAUUUACAAUAAUUUUCAAACUUCGUUAAAACAACGUUUAAAUGAAGUGAUGAGCAUAGAUACAAUCAAAGAAGUUCAACAUGCGCCUCUUGCGAUGGGCAAUGAUCGAUCGAUCAAAUUCUCCACGGUUGAAAAUCUCUCAUACAUGAAAAAUGUAACGAUAGUAUUUGAUUGCGCAGUGAACAAGAUUGUACAUGAUGGACACAAAGCAACAAGACUUCAAACACGUCAAGGGUCUAUUUCAUUAUCAAAUAAUGCCAAAUUGAUUUUGGCCAUGAGCACAUUACCCGCGACCACGUUAGUUCUCAAUUCAUUCUCGGAGACCGAAUUUCCGCAACUUGCAAAUGUUGGAAAACGUUUUACCGCACAUUUUGUCAGUUCGGUUACAGCACGAGUGCCCAGACAUCAUUUACUUCCAUUACCGAACGAUGCAGCCGGAGUGGAAUUGGGUGCACUUUAUAUUCCCGGUAUAAAAGAGGGCGCACAAUAUCAUCUUCAAUUAUCUGCAGUGGCUUAUACUAAAACUAACAAUGACGAUAAUAUUCAUAAAAUUUGCAAGAAAUAUUCAGCCAAUUCAAUAUCGAAGGAAUGUAUCGAUCCUUCGCAAGAUUUUGUCAUAGUUUCUUGUUCAACAUUGGGAGAAUUAGAUCAUAAGAAUAAGAAUAACCAAUUUAAUUUGAUGAAUAAUGAUCAUGACGAUCUUACCAGCAAUGGAGAGUUGACCAUUCAAUUAAAUGAACAAGAUGAACAACUACGGAAUUGGAUGGACAAUGUUACAUUCAAAGUAAUGAACAAACUUUCGUCGAAUGACGAUCUCGAAUAUUGGCAUGAAAAUAAUCAAACUUGGAAGAAAGAUCUUCCAUCAUCUGAUCAAAUUCGAAAGAACUGCGCUGUUCACGAUGCAUCAACAAUGUGGAUUGGAGAUAUUGACACACCGGUGCAACUCGAUUAUCGUCUCCGUGGCGUAGAUAAUGUUUAUAUUACCGGUGGGGCAUUGUGGCCCACUGGUGGUUCAUGGAAUCCUGUUGUUACUAUCGUGGCUAUGGCAAUGCAUUUAGCUGAUACAAUACACGAUAAUUCCAAUUCUUCAUCUCAAUAA